GCACCUUAUUAACUUAUCUAUGAUCAACCAUUCAUUUUUUUUUUUUGGUUUACAACGUAUUAGAGGAUUGAAUCCAAUACCCCAUUCAUACUAACCAAACCUCUUAUCAUACCACCAGAUCAAAUCUAAUAGCUUAAUUUUAUUUUAUUUUUUCUUACAAACACUAACUUAUCAGUAUUUACCGACAUUAUAUUUUUUUACAAUAUUAUUAUUUAUCUCUUGACUCACGUACUGUUUCUUACAUCACAUGGAAAGAUACCAUAAGAGCUAGUAGAAGAACAGAGACACCAGAAAACGUUUAAAAUGACAAUCCAAAACCACUGAAAACAUCAAAAACAUAACACAGAAAGAGAGAGAAACAGAAACAAAUCACAACGUUACAAGUCAACUACGUCUCACUCUCUCAGACACACACACAACACAACCUUCAAUCAUCAAACAAACACAAAACAAUAAUCAAACACUGUUUCCCUCAACUUCAAAUGACACUUUUACCCCUCUCUAUUUUCCUCCUUCUUCAGCUUUGACUCACCCACUCUCUCCCACACACUCUUUCUCUCACCUCAAUGGACGCCGGCGAACCUCAAUUCCGGCGACAAGCUUCCGGCGAGAUGGAACAUGAUCAUGAAGAUCCAAAUCGAACUGGGUCACGACCCGAUUCUGCUUCAGAUGGAGCUACCACCUCAGCUAACACCUCCGGAGCUAGAUACAAGCUGAUGUCUCCGGCGAAGCUCCCGAUCUCUAGGUCACCGGUUUUAACAAUUCCGCCGGGACUCAGUCCGACUUCAUUUCUUGAAUCCCCCGUUCUUCUCUCAAAUAUGAAGGUAGAACCUUCACCCACAACAGGUUCCCUUCCUAGGCUUCAACAAAUAGGACAUGGUUUUAUAACUUCUUCUGCGUCUGCUACACUUCCUGUAACCAGUGGACGCUUCAAUAGUAAUACUGUUGAUGACGGAAAAUACAGCUUCUUUGAGUUCAAACCGCACGGUAGAUCAAAUAUGGUUCCUGUUGACUUUCACAACCAUGCAUGUGAAAAACCUGCUCAAAUAGAUGGUCAAGGAAAAGUUCAAUCUUUUGUUUCACCAUUAGUCAAAAGAGAAAUAACUGCCCCUUCAGAUGAAAUAAGUCUAUCAUCAUCACCUGUUCAAAUGGUUAGUUCAGGGGCUAGUGCUCAUGCUGAAGCCAAUUUGGACGAAUUAAAUCCCAGUGGCAACAUACCAACUGGGCUUCAAGCAUCACAAGUUGAUGGUAGGGGCAGUGGACAAGUUGCUGCCGACAAGGCAUCCGAUGAUGGAUACAAUUGGCGAAAAUAUGGGCAGAAGCUUGUUAAAGGAUGUGAAUUUCCACGCAGUUAUUACAAAUGCACACAUCCUAACUGUGAAGUGAAGAAACUCUUUGAACGCUCUCAUGAUGGCCAAAUUACCGAAAUAGUUUACAAAGGAACACAUGAUCAUCCUAAACCUCAACCAAGCCGUCGAUACUCUGGUGGAAAUGUUAUGUCUGUGCAAGAAGAUAGAUCUGAUAGGGCUUCUUUGACUAGCCGAGACGCUGAGCGUGACAGUACUCCAGAGCUAUCGCCUAUAGCAACAAAUGCUGAUAGUCCAGAGGGUGCAGGGUUUUUGUCUAACCGGAGUAAUGAUGAGGUUGAUGAAGACGAUCCUUUCUCAAAGCGAAGAAAAAUGGAUCUUGACAUCACUCCUGUAGUUAAGCCUAUCCGGGAGCCACGUGUCGUUGUACAAACUCUGAGUGAGGUUGACAUAUUGGAUGAUGGUUAUCGCUGGCGUAAAUAUGGGCAGAAGGUGGUAAGAGGGAAUCCUAACCCUAGGAGUUAUUACAAAUGCACAAAUGCUGGUUGCCCGGUUAGAAAACACGUGGAGAGGGCAUCUCAUGAUCCAAAAGCUGUAAUAACCACAUACGAGGGUAAACACAAUCAUGAUGUACCAACUGCAAGGAAUAAUAGUCAUGAUAUGGCAGGACCAUCAGCUGCAGGUGGACAUACAAGAAUCCGGCGAGAAGAAAGUGAUACUAUUAGCCUUGACCUUGGAAUGGGCCUUAGCCCAAGAACUGCUGAAAAUAGAUCAAACAAUCAAGGGAGAAUGAUGCUUACUGAAUAUGGGGAGAACCAAACUCACAAUCACAACAGCAAUUCCAGUUUCAAGUUUGUUCAUAAUACUCCGCCUCCAGUAUACUUUGGUGUACUAAAUAACAACUCAAAUCCAUAUGGUUCUAGAGAAAAUCCGAGUGAUAAUUCAUCUUUAAACCAUUCGGCUUAUCCUUGCCCACCGAACAUGGGAAGAAUACUUAUGGGUCCGUAAAUUGCUUACACAACAAAAAUAAAAUGAAAUUAUGAGUAUCAUUUGGCUUUCCUCUUUUUCGCUGGUAAAGCUUCAAAGGCAAGUUUUCUCUUUGAAAAUGCUGAUAGUUCUUUUAUGUUCCUAUCACACUAUCUGAGAGCUACCCCUUUGGUAUAACUAGCUGUAGUUGUGUCGUUUAAGGUUGACUUUAUAUCUGAUUGUUGUUUUGUAUAAUUAUAUAUACAAAUUCUUCUGUACAAAUAUGUGAAGCUGAUACUAAAGUUGCUUCCACAAGAACCCUUGUAAAAGUGUUUGAUUUCAACUAUUUAUAAGAAAUAGCUUUUAGCCUGUUCU